CGCGCUAGGCGCUGCUCUCCACGCUCGCUCGCUCCGCUCUUCUCUUACCCGUGGAUGUACCCGGUGCUUUUUCGUGGGGGAAGAACUCGAAACACGCAUAUUCCCGUGGCUGCCUUUGCCCGCCGGCCCGCGCGCAACAUAUACACCAACCUUCCACCUUCUGUCCGCCGGAGUUACGAGUGGCACACGCAGUAGUAGUUACGGUUAGGGAGGAGGGUCGGCCGCCGUCUCGCGGACAGCUCUCUCGCGCGUCACCUCUUCUCUCACUCCUCUGCGUGACCGGUUCGUUCGUUCAGUAAUCGCCGCGAGGAGGAACGCGCUUCUUCUUCCGCCGCGGACUCCGUCUACGACGCGAUAUCCGACCGCUUUUCCACAUUCGUCGCGUGGAGAAUCAUCGGUAAAUACGAAUUGAACUCGGUUGUGUCUAUCGUGUUAUUAUAUCGUCGUAUAUUUAAACGGUAAACCACGGAGAUCUGUUUGGCGCGCUACGGGACGACAUUGAAAAGGAAAACAAAAGAGAUAAAUCGUGGAACACACAUCGAAGCUACUUUCGAGGCUUGAGUUUUCGUUCGUGUCGCGCGAACACGCGACCACGAACGAAUCUUCGAUUCUACGAAUUUUCGGAUUUAACAACAGUGGACUUUGACGCGAUUUCCCGACGCACGAGAACCUCGCGUUUUAUUUCUCCGUUCUCUUCUCAUCGAGAGAUCAUCGAAUUGUUGAAAGCAUCGUCGAGAUAUCGGUUGUGUCUCGCGUCCAAGUUCUUUCGAAGCCACGCAGUGUAUCACGCGCGCGAUCCUCGUCCACGCGAGUAACGCCAUCCAUUUGUGCUCCAUUUUAUCGAUUUCUCAUCACCAGUGCAUCUAUCCGAAACUGCAACAACGCCUUGAAUUCGCGCCAAUGAUCGACGGUGUUGUAUCGAAGGAUAUAAACGUGUCCUCCACAGUGACGUACAUACGCAUAUAUUUCCGGUGUUUAUCCGUGCCGUUUAUUACUGUGAAAUAACAUAAUCCAGUGCAUCCUCGGAUCUCUCUUCUCCGACGGCCAAACCCGACAUACACCCGUGGACCCGAUACCCACCCGUGGACAUCAGCUACGGCGCAUCAUAGUAUCCGUGAUAACCGAAGAUCGUGUGAUAAAUACGUAUACAUCUUGGUGACGAAUCGUAAAACGAAGGAAACAAAAUCAUCUCGAUUUUCGUGAUUUCUCUUAUCCGUCGGGAAACCCCUCCCCUCCCCCUCUUACAAUUUUUCGUAUAUUUACAUUUUUAAUGCCUUAUCAACCGAGAGAGAUCACGUUAGCCGGGAAAGACGAGUUUGAAGAGAUUCGUUGGAAAAACUGAUCGGGGGGGGAAAAGGAAACGGAAAAAAUCGAGGGAAAGGAUUAAAACGGAAAGAGAUACGAAGAGACGAAGUGGAGGGAUAGGAAAGGAAAUCGAGCGAUAUAUAAUGUCGCGAGACUGACGUUACGGAGAGGCACGCUCUCUGGGUGGUAUCCGUACAGCGGAACUUCCGACGAUGAGGAAGCACGUGUGUCCGGCCGUAGCCGUGGUCCUGCUGCAGCGUUCAACCGCGCGAGCCAAGCUGUGCUGACGCUCGCUUCGAUUUCUCGUCGUCGAACAGCGUGUCGCCGGUCGACUCGGAUCCGGGGAUCGUCGAAGGACCCGACGGAGCAGCCAUCCGCGUAGCGUCAGAAGUAGUGUGGCGGAACGAUCGAGGUGCAGGGGACCGUCGGGACUGUGUCGGCAACUCGAUUCUUCUCGUCGUUCUUCAACCUUAAUUAAAGUUAAUAUCCCUCGACGAAGGAGAAAGGGAUAAUAAGAUACAAAUACAAAUACAAAUAUAUCGUGGAAAAUAUUUCUGGAAGAAAGAAAAGGAAAAGUGUGAACUGGAACACGGACGUUCGGCAACCGACGGCAUCCGUCUCGUCCCCCCUUGUGGAUUUAUCCUCCGUGAUAUUCGGCGAAAGGAAAUAAUCCGCGAGUCCUCUGAGUGUGACGAAAGAAACGGAAACGGGCAAACCGAUCGCCGCGAUAAGGCGGAUCGAAAAGUGGGGAAACCAGUGUGUGUGAAGUGUUCGAGGUUACUUGCUUAUACUGUGGGAAAAUACAGCCGCUACGGUGGCUCAGCACGCAGAGUUCCCCGGCGCGGCCAGGGCGUUCAUGGCGCAGCCAAGGUAUGACGAUGGAGGGCUGCACUCGAGUUAUCUCGAGGGCGGAGGUGGAGGAGGUGGUGCAGGGCUGUACGAUCCACACGGGAGCGCCCGGGGUGUUCCUGGCCUCCAUCACAGUCCACACCUCGGAGGUAUGGGGCCUGCACACCCUCAGUAUCCACCGCCCCCACCACAGCCACCCCAACACGUUCUCGCGGCGGCGGCCGCGGCUGCAGCAUCCGCGGUACCCGAUGUCCACAAACGCGACAAGGACGCGAUCUACGGACACCCCCUGUUCCCGCUUCUCGCGCUGAUCUUCGAGAAGUGCGAGUUGGCGACGUGUACGCCGCGCGAACCUGGCGUAGCGGGUGGUGACGUGUGCUCGUCAGAAAGCUUCAACGAGGACAUCGCUGUCUUCUCCAAACAGAUCAGACAGGAGAAACCUUACUACAUCGCCGAUCCGGAGGUGGACUCGCUGAUGGUACAAGCGAUCCAGGUCCUCCGGUUUCACCUCCUCGAGCUGGAAAAGGUGCACGAAUUGUGCGACAACUUCUGCCACCGGUACAUCAGCUGCUUGAAAGGGAAAAUGCCUAUAGACCUAGUGAUCGACGACAGAGAGAGCUCGAAACCGCCCGAGAUGGGGAACGGUUUGGACGGUGGCGGGCCGAGGAGCACCGCGGACAGCACCAGCCACACGGACGGAGCAAGCACGCCGGACGUCAGGCCACCCUCCUCGUCGCUGUCGUACCCUGGCGCGGGUGGCAACGAGGACGCGCGCAGCCCCGGAAGCGGGGGCACACCUGGACCCCUCAGCGCACAGGCGCCCGCUAGUUUGGACUCCUCGGAUCCCGGUAAAUGGUGUCCGCGUAGGGAAUGGAGUUCGCCGCCGGACGCGCAACGAGCGGCGAGCGAUGCGCGUCGUGGCGUUCUUUACUCUUCCGUCUUCCUCGGUAGCCCCGGUGACGCGAGUAACGCGAGUAUCGGCAGUGGCGAGGGUACCGGCGAGGAAGACGACGACUCGUCGGGUAAGAAGAACCAGAAGAAGAGGGGUAUCUUCCCCAAAGUGGCGACCAACAUCCUCAGGGCGUGGCUGUUUCAACACCUCACGCAUCCGUACCCUUCGGAAGACCAGAAGAAGCAACUGGCUCAAGACACGGGGUUGACGAUCCUUCAAGUUAAUAACUGGUUCAUCAACGCGAGGCGUAGAAUCGUCCAGCCUAUGAUCGACCAGAGCAAUCGAGCCGUAUUUCCGCCAUUGUCCGCAGGUCCUAGCGGGGCGUACAGUCCCGACCCGACGAUGGGCUACAUGAUGGACGGACAGGCGGCGAGCAUGAUGCACCGGCCGCCCGGUGAUCCCACCUUCCACAAUCAGUACCAUUACCCGGAGUACUAUGGACAUCACUUAUAAAGCAGUAGUCGCAAAUGAAGGUAGACGAUGGAAUGACGGUUCUUGCGGAACGGGAAACGUAGCAGCGUGACGGAAGCGCAGCGUGCUCCGGUUGGCGUUAGAGCGGCAAGGUGCAACGGGGGCAACGAGGAAGCGAUUCGCGUCGCCUCCGGCUCGUGAUCGACGCGAAAGAGGCGAGGAAGAGGAGGAGGAUAUUUCUCGAGCCGCGUCGCGGUCUCGUCGAUGGAGGAUGGUGCUCGAGAGCCAGGAGCGCACGAUGCGGACAAUCGAGGCGGAAAAGCACGGCCGUCGGUCCGAUUCUGGAGGAGGUGAAAGAAGAAGGGAGAAGAAAAAGGGAGGGAGAAAUCGUGGUUUCGAGGUUCGAUGGACCUGCGAGCCUUCUUCCUUCGAUGAAGAGGAAAAACUUGGAGGAGCGACUCGGGGUGUGGACCGACCGAGAGGCAGGCUUGUGUUGGUACGCGUGGAACCGGAAGCAAGAUGGAGGAGGGAAGAAGAAGGAAGAGGGAAGUUGGAAGAGGGCGCGGCUUGGUACAAGAGGGGAGGAACGGAGGAGCCGCGAGGAAGGGAAAAUUCAUGUGAUUGUUCUGUGUACAAAUGUCGCGGUGUAAUAUUGUAGUGAUCGAAGAAUUUAAAUGUUAAAUUUUAAUACACGGUCGCGAUCGAGCUAUUAUUAAUUAAAACGAUUAUUAUUAGGAGGAAGAGGAGGAGGAGGAGGAGGAGGAGGAGGAGGAGGAGGAGGAGGAGAAUUAACGACGAGGUAACCUCGAACAGAGUGAUAUAGGCAAUUUCUAGCGGGCAUGUGUACAUUAAAGGGGUGGUAAAAACGUAAAAAAAUUAAUAUUAAUAAUAAUAAUAAUAAUAACGAUACAAAUAAAGAUAAGGUUAAAAAAAAAAUGUAAAACGAAAGUGGUAGAGGGAAGAAUUGCGAGAAGAGAGAGAGAGAGAGAGAGAGUGAGUGAGAGGGUGGAAAAAAGUAAAAAAUAAAAAAGCGAACCCGGUGCUCGCACGGAUCCGUUAUACGAUAAUAGAUAGGUGUUCACGUGCUUACGAGAAUCGACGAGAAAUAAUGGAGAUUUUCUAGAGAAAAAGUGCACGACACGAGAGGGAUGAACGUUCGAUGGAACGAACGUUGGAAUUCGACGAACGAUCGAAUGCGGUAUAUGUAUAUAUAUAUACACACACACGCGCGCGCGCAGAUACGCAUCCAUGUGUAUAGAUAUAUACGGGUAAAUAAAUAAAUAAAAAAAUAUAUAUAUAGAGAAUAAAAAGAAUUUUAGAUGCGCGAUGGGUGCACGUUUUAAAAAAUUGACGGAUAAAAGAGAGGAUCGUAAAAAGAUGAUAUAGAAGAGAAUUAUAGGAAGGGAGAUCGGUUUUAAAACGCUGUAUUAUCGAAAAAUUGCGCACGCGUGCGCAAUUGCGGAAGCGUGGGCGCUAAUGCUGCGAUAUGCACGGAAACGAAGGGAGUGAGAAUAGAGACGCGAGAAUUUCGACCCGUAAACGAACGUUAAAGAGAAAAUUCGAGAAAGGAACGAACGUAAGGAGGAAGAAACGAAAGGGAGGAUAGAAAGGAAUGGGAACGGAAGAAGGAAACGGCGAGGGAGGAAAGGAAGAGAAAGAAACUUUUUUUUUUUUUUUAGAACGUGAAGAAUGAAAUCGACGCGUGUGCCGGACUCGAGCGUCGACCACAUUCACUUGCAUAUAUAUAUAGGUGACAUUGAAAUUUGUACAGUUAUUAAUUAUAAAUGAAUUUACUAAUUAAAGGAGGAAAUAAUUAUAUAUUAUAAAUAUAUACAUAACUGAAGUAACA